AUGAACAUUAAUCUAGAUUCAGCAAAGGACGUUCUUUGUAAAAAUGUAUUGAUAUAUGGCUACUGUAAAUAUCAAGACAAAGGAUGCGCUUUCAGUCAUCACAAACUGACUGGAUUACAACCAAGCGGAAAUGGAAAUGGUCCCAGUCAAGAUCAGGGUCCAGGGUCCGGUUCACACGCUAGUCAGUUACAAACCCAACCACUGCACCAAUUGAGAACUAAAAGUUCACGAUCUCGGCUAUCACAGCUGCAGCAAUCUCUUUUGCCCUCUACCGCACCGGCAAAUUUGUCCAAUUCUAACAGUGGGCGGAAGAAAUUCAACAUUGAAACACCCUUAUUUCAACCGAGUGGUACAAAGGAUAAGAUGGUCAAUGGCAUUACUUCCAAGUUUUCAAACUUGUCUCCAACUGUCAAGGACGCACCUGUAUUUCAACCGGAGUCUUUUCAAGAUCAAGAAGGAAAACAGGCCCCUCAGCAACAACAACAACAACAACCACAACAGCAACAACAACAAAGUAACCUGUCUGGUCUCCCGUUUGGUUCAAGGAAAUUUAACGCGAGUACGCCGUCUUUUACGCCAUCUAGUUUUGAGUUUACUCCAGGUGCAGCGUCACCAGGGACUGCUCCUCUUUCACAACAGAGUCAAACGCAGAAGCAACAACAACAAGUACAACAACAGCAUCAGUAUUCGGCCAAGCUGCAAGUAUUGGCGUCUCCAAAUGGCCCGUCUAGUGCACGAUCAUCAGGUGGUAUCAUACAACCUCAGCAUACCUCGGCUAACCCGUAUCUGCAAGAUACUCAAAGUCCAAUCGUUCCAGCAAAUCAGAGUCACGUGUUACACUCGUCUGUAAUGAAUUCAGCACCAUUGAUGUCGUCUAACUUCUUUCCCUCGCAGCAAAACCAACUUCACCAACAAGGACAAGGUUUGGGUGGACCACCGCCACCACAUCCUCCUCCUCCUCCUCCUCCUCCUCCUACUUCCCAAUCACAGCUGCAUCAGCAAGGACCAUUGUAUCCGUUACAAUAUCACUUGUACGCCCCAGCCCCACCUCCAAGAUUGACCGUGCCAAUAAAAGAUAAUGAAACUAAUGCAUUAAAGAUGUUUAUCCCCAACGAAGUGAGAGAGAGUUUACAUCGUAAAAAUGAGGCUAGCUUGCAAACUCUCCAGCAUCUGAAUUUGCCCGAGCACGUGAAUUCUUAUCACUCGUUGGUCCCAAUUGAUGCAUCCUAUGAAGCAGUGAGUAGGCUUUGGCCGGGUAAGAGCAGCCUUUUGUUCAAAUGUUACUCCAAUAUUGACGGGAACUUGUACGCAUUAAGAAAAAUUGAACCUUGCAAUGAAGUCACAGAUGAUAGUGCAUUCAAGAGUAUCAAAACGUGGCAAUUGCUCAACACCAAUGCUAACAUUGUGGGGAUCAAAGACGUGUUUACAUCAUUGGCCUUUAGCUCCAUUGGUGGAAGCAAAGCAGACAACUCUACUGCGCUAUGUUUUGUCUACGAUUACUAUCCAAACUCCAAGACUUUAUUAGAAUAUCACAAGAAGGCAUUGCGAGUGGAGCCUAUUACGGAAGAUCUCUUGUGGGUAUAUCUUGUUCAAUUGGUAAAUGCUUUGAAGAGUAUACAUUCUAAAGAAUUGUACGUGGGCUGUUCUAUGGAGGUGAGCAAGAUCAUAAAUACAGGAGAAAAUCGGAUUAGAUUGAGCAGUUGUGGAAUUAGUGAUGUUUUGGAUUAUGGUAAAGUCGACAAGCCUGAUGUAAAGGAAUUGCAACGUCGAGACGUAAAGAAUUUGGGUAAAGUAAUGCUUGAUUUGAGCUCCUUGCUACUUCCAAUAAACUUAAGAUCGAGUCAGGAAGACAUUUUGGUGAGAAAUUUAGCAAACUCAACAAACAUAAGUGGUGACUUCAUUGAGGUAUUGAAAGUCUUGAAUGGUGAUGCACAAGAGUUCAAUUUGAAACAAUUCGUGUGUGAUUAUCUUGUUGACAAGACUUUCGCCACAAUUAACAGCUUGCAAAAUUCGACUGAUUACUUUGAACUGCAAUUGACUUCGGAAUUGGAAAAUGCUCGAUUGUUUAGGUUACUCACAAAGAUCAAUUUUGUGGUGAGCACUACCACAGGAGAUAACAAUUUGAACACGCAAUCAUUGAAUGAUAUCAAUCAGAUCAAGGUUAUUGAAUUAUUCCAACAAACUUUAUUUCAAACCUAUGAUUCCAAUGGAGCUAGAGUGGUUAACUUGCAUAAGGUGUUGGUGAGUUUAAAUAAGUUGGAUUGUGGAGUUGAUGAGAAGUUGCUAUUGGUCAAGGAGAACGAAUACAUCAUUGUGAGUUACAAAGAAAUAAAGGAGAUUAUUGACAGCCAAUUUAGGCAGUUGAAGAAUUAG